AAAAGAACAUGUGGAGAAAAUUAAGGAGAUAAGAGGAAAAUAAUAAAAAUCUUGAUUACCCUUCUUAUCCAAGAGAGAAAGGCCACAUCUUCUUUGGCAAUAUCAUAUUCCUUUGCGAGUAGUUCAUUAAGAGAAGAGAAGAGAAGACAUGGCUAUGAAGAACUGUUUUCAAGUGAGUACAGUGUGCACUGGUGCUAGAGCUGGAGUAUUAUUUGCUCCAGUAGAGAAGCUUCAUUUACCAACUUCCUGUAGAGGAUUUAAUAAUCAAUCCAAUUCUUCAUCAUUGUCUUCCACCUCUUCUUCUUCUUCCUUUGCUCAUUCACUCACUACUCUCAGAGGAAGAAGCCAAAAAUCCCGCUUUGUCUGCAAAGCUCGGGAAGCUUUAGAUGAAGUUAAAGCGGUAACAGAUUCAAGCUGGGACGAUCUAGUGAUUGCCAGUGAAACCCCUGUUCUGGUGGAAUUUUGGGCACCCUGGUGUGGACCAUGCCGGAUGAUAGCACCAGUGAUCAAUGAAUUGGCUAAAGAAUAUGCCGGAAAGAUUGCAUGUUUCAAGGUAAACACCGAUGAGUGCCCGAAUAUAGCCAACAAGUAUGGAAUAAGGAGUAUUCCAACAGUGCUGUUUUUCAACAAAGGUGAGAAGAAAGAAAGUGUCAUUGGAGCUGUGCCCAAGACAACAUUGUCCAGCACCUUAGAGAAAUAUAUAGAUGCUUGAAACAACAGUUCAGACAACCUCAUGUUCAUGUCAUUGACCAAAUUCAAAUGAUUUGUAUUUAAUGUAAAUGUCACUAUGGAUUCAGUUUUCAAGUUCUGAACAUUUAUCUGAAUUAUGAAAUCUUACCUGCAGAUUAAACA